CACACACAAAAAAAAAACAUUUUUACUCACUGUUUCAUGAUGCUGUUUUGUGUUUUGUUCUUCAGGCCAUUCAGGAGCAGAUGAAACUCCACGGUCAGGAGCCUGUCACCUUUCAGGAUGUCAAGGAUGAGAUCUUCGACAUGGUGAAACCUAAAGACCCCUACAAGAUCACACUCCAGGACUUGGUCAACAGUUGCCAGGGCGAUACCGUCACCAGCAUCCUGAUUGACCUCAACGGCUUCUGGACCUACGAGAACAGAGAAGUGCUGGUCGCCAAUGACAACGACAGCAGCAACACAGCUGACCUGGACGACAGCUGAGGAUGAUUUGGGGUUAAAGUGUGGUAGAGACACUCCUGUUACCCGAAAGGUCACGUUUUUCUCUCCCAACCUUCAAGUGUCCUGCUGAAGUGUCAGCUCUGAGCUCUCCCUGCUGACUCAGGUCGCUCUGCUUCAGUCUGAGCUGUGAAAACCUUGAGAUGACAGAGGGAGAAGGAGGAAAGCAGUACUGUGGUCUUUGUGAAUACUGCUCUGUGUUCCCAUUGUUUUCCUGUAAAGAUCUAAUAAACCUGUUCUGUUUUUGUCAUUGACCUUUAUAAUAAUAAAUGUUCCCUUUUUUAUGCCGUU